GCUUCGUUUGCAGUUAUUUGCGGCCGGAAAGCAGAAAGGAAAGAUCGCCGAAAAUCUGUGCGCGUUGUUAUCAGUGACGUGUAAAUAUAUCAUCGAGGCUAGUUUCUGCUGACGGGGGCGAUUCGGCAGGAUUUUACUCCGGAAUAGCAUCACCAAUGGAUUCCGCUCAAAGUCAAAGUCGGGGGCGAAAGCCCGCCAGUGCCGUGGUAAAACGCCAAGGGGAAUCCAAAUCCUCCCGAGUGCACAUCGCUUUGGGACUGUUUCUGGUGAUGCUGUGGUUGUCUUUCCCGACGCUUUGUUCUGGGCAUUUUGAUGAACACGAUCACCAUCAUGACCACCACCAUCAUCACGGCCACGAUGAAAAUCCAAGUUUUAAGUACUCACGGCAAGCCAAUGAAAUGUACGAGGAGGCUAGUCAUGAUCAUCAUCAUCACCAUGAUCACGAUCAUGGACACCAUCACGAUCAUGAUCACCACCACCACCAUCAUGGCCAUCAAGAUGUACCGAAAUCAAAGGAUAAAGCUCAAGUCGACACCUUCUACAUCUGGGUGCACUCGUUGGGAUCGACUCUGCUGAUCAGUGCCGCACCGUUCUUUAUCCUGUUUGCCAUUCCGCUCGAUAAUACGGAAGAGAUGCAACCACGGUUAAAGACUUUGUUGGCCUUCGCGUCCGGAGGGCUUCUGGGUGAUGCUUUCCUUCAUCUGAUCCCGCACGCUAUCCAGCCGCAUUCGCACCACGGAGAGGGUGGAGAUGGCCAUGGACAUAGUCACGGAAGUGGACAUGGUCACAGUCACGGCCAUGGUCAUGAGGGGGAAGAAGGACACAGUCACGAUAUGCGCGUGGGUCUGUGGGUUCUGGCGGGAAUUAUUGUGUUUUUGGCAGUGGAGAAAGGCGUUCGGUUGAUUAAGAAGGAUGCCGGUGGACACGGACAUAGCCAUGGAGGAGCCGCUAAAAAGGAGAAGUCUUCGCCACCAACUUCGCCAUCCAAGAAAGACAAGAAAGAAAACAACAAAGUCACCGAAAAGAACGACAAGAAGAAGGCUGAAGCCGAUGCUGCCAAAGCGAAGGGCAAAGCCGUUAAAAAGGAACACAAGAAGGACCAAAUCAAAAUCGCCGGCUACCUGAAUCUGGCAGCGGAUUUCACCCACAACUUCACCGAUGGAUUGGCCAUCGGUGCUUCCUACCUGGCCGGAAAUAGUAUCGGCAUCAUCACUACCAUCACCAUCCUGCUUCAUGAAGUGCCCCACGAAAUCGGCGACUUUGCCAUCCUGGUGAAAUCCGGAUGCUCCAAGAAGAAGGCCAUGCUGCUGCAGCUGACCACGGCCGUUGGCGCCCUGGCCGGUACGGUGCUGGCGCUGCUGGGCAGCGGAAGCGACGCCGCAGAAUCCUGGGUGCUUCCGUUCACGGCCGGUGGUUUCAUCUACAUUGCCACCGUGUCCGUCAUUCCGGAACUGCUGGAGGAGUCGACCAAGCUGUGGCAAUCGCUGAAGGAAAUCACCGCCCUGCUGGCCGGCGUUGGAAUGAUGGUAAUUAUUGCAAAGUUUGAGUAAUUUCCUCCGGGGGUUUGUCCUUCCUGUCCUGUUCGGGGGUUUUACCUGAAUUGCGGUGUGAUGUCAUGAGUGUUUGAUGUGGAGCCUCGUGUUUGAGAAAAGGACAAAGGAUUUUCUUAAUGGUUACGUUUCUAAAACCAUUGUGAUCCAUUUCGAGCGUUUAACGUUAAACUAAACUUAAUUAAUUGAAUCGGAGAACAAUAUCGCAUCAAUAGGAAAACGAAUGAGAAACUAAUUCCUAUUCAUAUAAGUUAAGUUUAAAAUAGUAUCUACAAGAGAACAAUAAAUAAUUUAUCUCAAAUUUGAACAACAA